CGGUAUGUUUGGCACUUAAAUAGCAUGGAAAAGGCACAUUCUUUCCACUGUUUUAUUCCGAUGUCACUCCCAGUAGUCUUCCAUUAAAAUUCCACGGCAGCAAACCAUGGCCUCUCCGCGGCUCCCUUCUGCCACCUCCUUCCUCGUCUGCGUGCUCGCGCUUGCUCUCUCAGCCCCGGCGGCCCGUUCGGUCCCCUUUGUGGUCUUCCAUGGCAUUAGUGAUGCAUGCAGCAGCAAAGGGGUCACCCGCUUUACUGAGCUGUUAAGCAACUGGUCCAGUGCUGAAGGACAUUGCAUAGAAAUUGGGGAUGGCGCAUGGGACUCAUGGACCAUGCCUCUUACAGAACAGACUGCAAUUGCCUGUGCAAAGAACUUACAGGUGAAGAGCAUGAGUGAACUUAGCAAUGGCUACAACCUUAUCGGGCUCUCUCAGGGUAGUAUGAUUGCUCAAGGGGUUAUUGAAUUUUGCGACGGGGCACCUCAGGUGAAAAAUUUUAUUUCAUUAGCUGGUCCACAUGCAGGAAUUGCCUCUAUACCAUUCUGCGGGAGUGGCAUUCUUUGCAUUCUCUUGGACGAUAUGAUAAAGGGAGAGGUUUACAGCACUUAUAUACAGGAGCACUUGGCGCCAAGUGGAUACAUAAAGAUCCCGACGGACAUCAAAGCCUACUUGGAAGGUUGCAAGUUUCUCCCGAAGCUAAACAAUGAAAACAGUAGCAAAAGAAAUGCCACAUACAAGGAGCGGUUUGCUAGCCUGCAGAAUUUAGUUCUAAUCAUGUUCGAACAAGACAAUGUGCUGGUACCAAGAGAGACUUCGUUGUUUGGAUAUUAUCCUGAUGGUUUGUUCAACGUAAUUCUGCCUGCAGAAGAGACCACUCUCUACAAGGAAGACUGGAUCGGUCUGAAAACCUUGAACGAGGCUGGAAAAGUAAAGUUCAUAAACCUAUCAGGCCACCAUCUGCAGAUUUCUAUAAGCGACAUGAAGAAGUAUAUACUGCCUUACUUGGAAGAUGAAUCAUCACGAUAGAAGCUAUCAUUGAGGAGAGAACCAUCAAUUUAUCAAUAUCAUAAAUGGACCUCGUGGUUCAAGAAUUUUUUCUUUAGAUUUUCUGAGGCAUCAAGUCCCUCGAUCCUCCUUUCGGUGGAGCAUUAGACGGGGAAGGUUAGAGAACACUAGGAAAGAGGAAAAAUAAGACGAUAACGGCAUAUCGGGUUAUGAUGUCACGCAAUAUUUGGUGGCAUCAGCAGCUAUAGUACAAGGUCUUGCAAAUAUCAGAGAAGGGGUCGCAAAUAUGCUGUUAUCAUGUUGAAGCCGAGGUACUCAAUCACCUGGAAGGUGCAUUAUUUACAUGGGAUAUUGUAUGACUCGAGAUAUAUGACAUUUUUAUUCUUAUAUUCGUAACAUCAUAAGAUUCUGGAUUGA